AUGGACGACAAGCUACCCGCCCCCGAUUCCCCUACCAGUUCCGAUGCGGACACCUCCUUCACCAUUGACAACUAUGAACAGGGCCGAGAAUGGAUCAGAAACUCGAAUCCCCAGGGAGUCACAUCCCAGCCGUCUGGUGUGGACGUGGAAAAAGCCGAGCACGAUUUCUCCGAGUUGAAUCGUCAGUUUUCUAGCAUCUCCCAGCAGGCGCAUAGACUAUCGAAGCAUGCCUCGCGCGCGUCCAAGACUGCGGACGUGGAAAAAUCGGGGACGUCGACCGAUUCGGAAGAACCCUGGGAUCUCGAGACGGCCCUCCGUGGUAACCAAACCGCAGAGAGGGACGCAGGGAUCAAGAACAAGCAGAUUGGUGUGUAUUGGGAUGGGCUGACCGUCCGUGGUAUGGGCGGUGUUCGGACUUACAUCAAGACCUUCCCCAAUGCCAUAAUCGACUUCCUCAACGUCCCCGGCUUGAUUAUGGAAUGGAUAGGAUAUGGGAAGCAAGGCAAGGAAACGAACAUCCUGAAGGGAUUCAGAGGUGUCCUCCGACCCGGUGAGAUGGUCCUUGUGCUGGGCCGCCCUGGCUCUGGCUGCACAACGUUCCUGAAAACCAUUACCAACCAACGCUUCGGCUAUACCGGUGUGGACGGGGAGGUCCUGUACGGACCGUUUGACGCGGAAACCUUCGCGAAGCGGUAUCGCGGAGAGGCAGUCUACAACCAAGAGGACGAUAUCCACCAGCCGACCCUCACCGUCAAGCAGACCCUGGGAUUCGCCUUGGACACCAAGACUCCGGGAAAACGGCCCAUGGGAGUCUCCAAGGCUGAGUUCAAAGAACGCGUGAUCAAUCUGCUGCUCAAGAUGUUCAAUAUUGAGCACACUGCCAAUACGGUUGUCGGAAACCAGUUCAUUAGAGGUGUGUCCGGCGGCGAAAAGCGCCGAGUCAGUAUUGCUGAGAUGAUGAUUACAUCUGCUACAGUGCUGGCGUGGGACAACAGUACUCGUGGACUGGAUGCCUCGACGGCGCUGGAUUUUGCCAAAUCCCUGCGGAUUAUGACCAAUAUCUACAAAACCACGACUUUCGUGUCGCUGUACCAGGCCUCAGAGAACAUCUACAAGCAGUUUGACAAGGUCCUCGUCAUUGACGGAGGCCGUCAAGUCUUCUUUGGCCCAGCGUCCGAGGCACGGGCCUACUUCGAGGGCCUGGGGUUCAAAGAAAAACCUCGACAGACUACUCCCGACUAUCUUACCGGCUGUACUGACCCGUUCGAGCGGGAGUUUAAGGAUGGCAGAAGCGCAGACGAUGUCCCGUCGACUCCCGAUGCGCUGGUUGCGGCAUUUGAAAAGUCCGUCUAUAACGAGAGACUGACGCGGGAAAUGCAAGAGUACCGCGACAAAAUCCAAGAUGAAAAGCAUAUCUACGACGAGUUUGAAAUCGCGAAUCGAGAGGCGAAGCGCAAAUUCACCCCCAAAUCCUCGGUCUACUCCGUCCCAUUCUACCUGCAGGUCAGGGCGCUGAUGCAGCGCCAGUUCCUGAUCAAGUGGCAGGACAAGUUCGCCUUGACGGUAUCAUGGAUCACAUCUACCGGUGUUGCCAUUAUUCUCGGGACUGUGUGGCUGAAGUCCCCCGAGACAUCCGCAGGAGCAUUCACUCGUGGCGGUCUCCUAUUUACCAGCGUUCUGUUCAACGGGUUCCAGGCAUUCGCAGAGCUCGCAUCAACCAUGAUGGGGAGAUCACUUGUGAAUAAACACCGCCAGUUUUGCUUCUACCGCCCAAGCGCACUGUUUAUUGCUCAGUUGUUGGUUGACGCCAUGUUCGCCAUAACACGAAUCGUCGUGUUUGCCGCUAUCGUGUAUUUCAUGUGUGGCUUGGUGUUGGAUCCCGGCGCCUUCUUCAUAUACGUCCUGUUCCUAUUCCUGGGGUACGUCGACAUGACCGUGUUCUUCCGCACCGUGGGCUGCUUGUGCCCUGGAUUUGAUCACGCUAUGAACUUCGUCGCGGUGCUGAUCACCCUAUUCGUCUUGACAUCUGGAUACCUCGUUCAAUGGGCUGACGGACAGGUGUGGUUGCGAUGGAUCUUUUAUGUCAAUCCCUUCGGGCUCGGGUUUUCUAGCUUGAUGGUCAAUGAGUUCCGAAAUCUCCAGCUGACCUGCACUCAGGAAUCUCUGGUUCCCAAUGGUCCAGGCUAUGGCGAUAUUGCCCAUCAGGCAUGUACGCUCGCGGGAGGAGAGCCCGGGUCUGCGAUUGUCCCAGGAGCAAAUUACCUCGCCACUACCUUCAGUUAUUAUACUGGAGACCUCUGGAGAAACUUUGGUAUCAUGGUUGCUCUUAUUGUCGGGUUCUUGGGUAUGAAUGUCUACUUUGGCGAAGUGGUCCGUUUUGACGCCGGAGGCAAAACCAUCACCUUCUAUCAAAAGGAAAAUGCGGAGCGGAAAAUGUUGAACGAGGAUCUUAUGAAGAAGCUGGAGGCCCGGCGCUCAAAGAAACAAGAGAACGCAGGAUCGGAGAUUAACAUCUCGUCGCGAUCAGUCCUCACCUGGGAAGACGUUUGCUACGAUGUCCCUGUGCCGUCGGGUACCCGUCGACUUCUGAAGUCGGUCUAUGGGUAUGUGCAGCCAGGAAAGCUGACAGCGCUUAUGGGUGCGUCUGGAGCAGGUAAAACGACGCUGUUGGACGUCCUUGCCCGGCGGAAGAACAUCGGUGUGAUCACUGGGGACAUCCUGGUAGACGGGGCACCCCCCGGUAUGGCGUUUCAGCGUGGCACAUCCUAUGCGGAGCAGCUGGAUGUGCAUGAGGAGAUGCAGACCGUCAGAGAAGCCCUGCGGUUUUCCGCGGACCUCCGCCAGCCCUAUGAGACGCCCCAGAAGGAGAAAUAUGCUUACGUGGAGGAGAUUAUCUCGCUUCUUGAGCUGGAGAACCUCGCGGAUGCCAUCAUUGGUGAUCAUGCCACGGGAUUGUCAGUUGAGGAGCGCAAGCGGGUUACGAUUGGGGUCGAACUGGCUGCGAAACCGGAGCUUCUGCUGUUCCUGGACGAGCCGACCUCCGGCCUUGACAGCCAAUCUGCCUUUAAUAUCGUGCGCUUCCUACGGAAGCUAGCCGCUGCCGGCCAAGCUAUCCUCUGUACUAUCCACCAGCCGAACUCCGCUCUGUUCGAGAACUUUGAUCGUCUGCUUCUCCUGCAGCGUGGUGGAGAAUGUGUCUACUUUGGAGACAUUGGGCCCGAUUCUAGCGUGUUAUUGGAUUACUUCCGGCGUAAUGGUGCCGAUUGCCCACCCGACGCCAACCCAGCAGAAUGGAUGCUCGACGCCAUCGGCGCUGGACAGACCCGGCAGAUCGGCGAACGUGACUGGGGCGAGAUCUGGAGGACAUCGCCCGAGCUCGAGAAAGUCAAGAAGGAGAUUGUCGAGCUCAAGGCUAGUCGUGCACAGGCGGUGCAGGAGACCAGCUCACAACACGCCAGCCAGAAGGAAUACGCAACCCCGUUGUGGCACCAGAUCAAGACCGUCUUCCACCGGACAAAUAUCGUAUUCUGGCGGUCCCGGAGAUACGGGUUCACGCGCUGCUUUACUCAUUUUGCGAUUGCCUUCAUCACGGGUCUCGCAUUUUUACAGUUGGAUAAUUCUCGCGCCUCGUUGCAGUACCGGGUGUUCGUCAUCUUCAACGUCACCGUCAUCCCGAUCAUCAUUAUCCAGCAGGUGGAGCCGCGAUAUGAGAUGUCUCGACGAGUAUUCUACCGGGAGUCCACGUCGAAGACGUACAGGGAGUUUGCCUUUGCGUUGUCCAUGGUCCUAGCGGAGAUCCCGUACUGCAUUCUCUGUGCCGUGAUCUUCUUCCUCCCGCUGUAUUAUAUCCCCGGGUUCCAGGCUGCCACCUCUCGAGCGGGGUACCAGUUCUUCAUGGUUCUGAUCACCGAAGUCUUCGCCGUGACGCUGGGACAGAUGAUCCAGGCCCUCUCCCCGGACAGUUACAUCGCGUCGCAGAUGAACCCGCCCAUCACGAUUCUGUUCUCGCUCUUCUGCGGCGUGAUGGUCCCCAAGCCGCAGAUCCCCGGGUUCUGGCGCGCAUGGCUAUACCAGCUGGAUCCGUUCACGCGCAUUGUCAGCGGUAUGGUCACGACCGAGUUGCAUGAGCGCCCCGUAGUGUGUCGCUCGGGCGAGCUCAAUCGUUUCGACGCCCCGGCCAACCAGACCUGUGGCGAGUACAUGCAGUCGUACUUUGACAAAGGGGGAGCCGGAUAUCUGGUCGACACUGCCUCGCAGGCGUGCGAGUUUUGUGCGUAUAAAGUCGGCGACCAGUUUUAUCGCACGUACGGGAUGACCUUCGAUACACGUUGGCGGGAUCUGGGCAUCUACUGUGCCUUUAUCGGGUCGAACCUGAUCAUCAUCUUCCUGGCGGCCCGCUACCUGAUCUUCAAUCGCCGCUAG